AUGCGCAAAAAGAUUGAAACCAAAAUGGAUCUAAAUUUUGUUUUAUUUACAUGUUUUAUUUCUUUUGUCUCAGGAGAAAAUGUGGAUGGUUUGGAGCUUAAGAUGGCUAGUGUUGUAAGUUGUUUUUAGUUUAUUUUUGAGGCGUAUUCUUACUUGAAUUUGAAGUGUAAAUGUGUAAAUAUAACUUUAAUAUGUCUUAUGGUCUAUGAAGACUUCAUAAUGAAGUCAUAAAAUACUUAGUUGGUAAACUAUUUAUUAACUACGUUUAUGGGUUUAUUAACUACGUUUUGAAAUGAAAUGUUUUAAUCUUAAUAGCAUGUGUAAAUGCACAAUAAAUGUAUGCUGUUUCUUAAUAAAUAACGAUCAGUUUAUACUUGAUAUGAAAUUUCGCUGUUUAAUAGUAUUGGCCCAGUUUAUAGUAUAAAGCAAAUUAAACCUGAUUAGCAGAUUAAAACUAAUCAAAUGCUUGUGACAAACAAAUGCAAGAGCCUCUCCAUAGAUUUGUUUAAAUAAACACCAUGAUAGCCAGAAGAGAAAUGCCCUCACAAGCCAAGCAUUCCUCACAAGCUAAGCACACUAUAUUAUUACUAUAACUAUAUCAAUUUACACAGUACCAUUAUACAUGUAUGUAUAUAGAAAAGAAAGUUAUCAUAUAUUUUUAACAAUUGUUGUAAAUAUUUUUUCUACUUUUGUAAACCACAUAGCCCUUUGAAAACCAGGCAACAGAAAGGCCACCGUGUGUCUAAAUAAGUUUAAAUAAUAAUAAUGAUAAAGACAUAAAAAGCUUUGUUUUCAUAAGUCCUUGACUUUUUUUAAAUGCUGAUUCACUUCAAUUUUUCUCUAGUUAUAUCGUCAUGGAGAUAGGUCUCCAGUUGCUACAUUUCCAAAAGAUGAGCACAGAAGUUAUUGGAAACAGGGUCUGGGACAGCUUACGGAGGUGACUAUUUAGUUUGCUUGAUGUAUAAGUUGACGAAACCCCCAGUUCUGACAAUGUUUGUGAGAAACAGAAAAUGAAGUUCUGCUGAUGGAAAUGAAACUGCUAAUGAUUAUCAAACAUAUAAUAGUUUUGUUUCUGGAAACACCAUGUAAAUUUAUUACUGCAAAGCUUUUGAUCCGUAAGCCAGGAUCUUCAUCAAUGCUAAUAAUAUGAAUAGAUAAUAGAUCCGGGCUUACGGAUCAAAAGCUUUGCAGUAAUAAAUUUAUGUGGUGUUUCCACAAACAAAACUUAUAUGUUUUAAUGCCAUGCAAACGUACAAAGAAUCGAUUAUCAAACACUUAUUAUUUACUAUAUGCUGUAACAAAAUCUAUCAAAUACUCUAACAACAAGUGAAUUUCCUUUCAUUGAUGAGUGAAAUUGUUCAUGAUAUUAGGGUAAAUAAUAAAGUAAGCUGUAUUAGGGACCUGUGUAACUCCACCUUAAGUUGCAUGGCUAACAAAAUUUCUGCAACUUGCAACAAAAUCUGAUUUCAACGCAUGUUAAUUGAAAAUGUUUACACAUAAAUUACAAAUCACAAGGCAACAUGUGUUGACAUUUCUACUUAACAUCCGUUGAAAUCAGAGACGGAUUUUCAUAUUUUCGUUCGGGGGGUGGAUAAAUAUCUGGGCGGGGUGCUGCUGCUUGCUUUGGCCGGGGCGUGGUGGCAACGCCCGGAAAGGCCAAGGAAAAAGUUUAACAAAAUUUGUUUUCUAGGCCUGCAUGGUGAGAUCUGAGACCAUAAUAUUGGUAAUUUUACAAAUUUAGUAGUAAGAAUAAUCAAAUAUGAAACUAUCAAAUCAUAUAACUCCAGCUUUAAUGGGUUAAAUAAACUUUUUUCCAGAUUGGAAAGAAACAAGAAUUCUCAAUGGGUCAAUUUCUGAAGAAGAGAUAUGUAGUGAAUAAGUUCUUGAAUCAAACCUACCUCAGAAAACAGGUAAAAACAGUUCUCAAGCGUAAUAGUCUAGGACCUGUAUAGGAGUUGUAUGUGUUUCAUUUAGCAUGUAGGUAACUUCACUUAGCACAGUCAUUAACCUUUUCACGUUUACAUCUCACUUAAACCUGCACAAGCAUGCAUAAACAUCCAAGUUGAAUGCUUAUACCGAUGAUAUUCAACAACCAGCAUGAACAUCCAAGGGCGCUUUCCAUUUAAUGGCCUGACCUGUCAAACCCGAAUUCUUUUCUCUGUAUCAAUGGAAAGAUCUGGUGUAUGUAUCUCAAAUAUCUAGCAAGAAUGGACCUUGUUCUAAUGUUAUCAAAAUUUUCCGGUCAGAUAGGUCCAAAGCCCAAAUAUUUUGUGUUCAAUUCAACAAUUUGACCGUUCUGACCGGCCUGGCUGUGUUAAUGGAAAGCACCCCAAGUAAGAAAAAUAUAGAAUAGAAAAGUAAAUGGAAAGUUUAGGAGCACAGACAGAAGAUGGAAAGAGAAAUAUUAUGGUAGAAUGUGUAAUUAUAUUAAUUAGUUGUGAUGAAAGAGUGUGAGCUAGGUAAGUCAGGAGUGUAUAGGCAGAAGCAGCACCCAUCUUGUUUUAGAUUGGUGAAUGGCAAAUUUCGCCAGCACUAAGAAGACAUUUGACAGCCAUUCGCCAGAGGCUGUGUGUAAUUCGCCGGUACUUGCAGUCAAGCUGACAUUUUUAGCCAGGUCUUGCACUCGGACAAUCUAUCAAAUAGACAAAGCUUGCAAGCCUUUGCACACCACUCAACUCACAGCGCCCUUGAAGCUUCAACCUUCCAUUCUUUGCAUACUCCCUUCGCUCAUCAAUUAAUAACCAGAGCCUCAGUAGAGCAAAACAGUAUUGGCCAUACCCAAAUUAUUAUUAGCCAGGACUUCAAACGGAUACCUGAAGGGCUUGAAGCUGUUAAAUGGGGGCAAAUAACCAAUUAACAAGCUUCAUUCUUUUUUAAGGUUCAUUGUCGUUGUUCAGAUAAGGAUCGAUGUUUGAUGAGUGCAGAAGCACAAAUGGCUGGAUUAUACCCACCUUUAUAUGUCAAGGUAUUGUAAGAUGAAAAUCCCAACAGCUUGGACUCACACUCGCAUAGAUUUACUAGUCACAGACAUCUUUCUCAGUCCAUUAAUGUACACAAGAGUACUCUCCCCUUGACAAGUAAAAUUAUCUGGCAUUAGACGGAGUAAAAUAAUAAAUUGGGGUGCAUUGAAGCCCUUGAAUGGAUUAACCCCCUAAUGGCAAUGCACCAUAACAUUAUAGUAUUUUACUCUGUCUAACGCCAGACGAUUUUACUCGUCAAGUGGUGAGUGCUGCCACUCAAUGGGUUAAUUAACCGCCCAUGCAUCCUCUUAAGGGAAGGCACAAGACUUUCCCCUUGACAAUCAAAAUUAUCCAGUGUUAGAUAGAGUAAAAUAAUAAAGUGGGUAGUAUUUGGGUGCAUUACAGCUUAAUGGGUUAAUAUGACACUUUUAUCAUAGUUUAUAACUUCAUAUUUAAUUAGAAACCUGUACAAGAUGACAAGGAAUGGCAAUUUUGGCAGCUGAUUCCAAUUCACACUGUGCCGCAAAAUCAUGAUAAGGUCAGGGUCAAUGCAUUGAUGUUGUUUACUGUAUUAUGAGGAACUUUGAUAGAGUGUAAAUCAGGCAUGGAUCCAGCAUGAUCUGGUAAGGGGGGGGGGGGUGCUCUGGUGCCGACUGCCGAGUUGUGUCGGUCAUGUGUGCCGCCCGCCCAUCAACUACUGUAUUUGAAUUGUAAUUGUUGUUCACAGUUCACUUAUCAUCAUGUUAUUACUCAAAUGACUGUAUCUCAUUUUGUCUUUUUUGCUUUAUCAUAAAAAAUAGCAACCCCCCUGCACCCCUUCUGGCCCGGGCCGGGCUUGAAGUUUUUCAGUCAUUUUGUAUUACAAAUGGGAAAUUGGUAAUCAGUUUGAUCAUCUGAUUUGGUAAUCAGUAAUCAGGAAAUUGGAAAUUUGGAAAUUGGUAAUCAGUUUGAUAAUCAGUUUGAUCAUCUGAUCACUUUGAUGAUCAGCUUGAUCAUCUGUUUCCCGUGCGUAAUACAAAAUGACUGAAAAACGGCAAACUUCGCAAGGCUAUAUUAUCCGCAUUUUACAACAUUUCGCAACGAAACUUCGGAAUAUUACUAAUUUUGUGAUGCUCUUCCAAGCUGUGAUGAAAUUUUUGUCCAGACUUGUCUAGGUCAAAAUUUCACUCAUAAGGGGAAAGGUCUAUUGGCAAAGCUAAACAAUUGACUGAAACUUUGAUAGUGUCAACCAGAUUUUAAAAUGUUGUCUAAUUUCUCUAGAAAUGUAUUGUGUAUAGUUACAAACUGCCAUAUUUUGUGUUAUUUUAGUUACUACGACCAUAUGAUUACAAUGAUUGUCCAAGACUGCAAGAAAUCAAACAAAAAUCUUUCAGUGAUCCUGAAUAUAUUGAGAUGGAGAAAAAAUAUAAGGUCAGAGAAUAUUUUAUUUUGAAGCUUAAUGAUAACUUUAUUUAUUUAUUUGCCUAAAAAAAAGAUGUACAUAUAUUAAGUUAUUUACAAUAUUUUAGUAUAUAAAGUAUAGUGCUUUAUAGAUAUUUCCAGCACUGAUGAAGGGAUAAUCUCACAUGUGAGAUUAUUCAUGAUAAUCUCACAUGUGAAAAUUAUCGCUUUUCAAUUAUCGCUUUUCUGUACUGAAAAAUUAUCGCUUUUCAAAGACUGUCCUUUAUAUAAUAAACAGAAAAAUACAUGGGUGCGCGGAAAUACCAGAUUUAUUUCUCGUGUACUCGAAAUAAAUCUGGUAUUUCCGCGCACCAUGUAUUAUUCUCUAUAUAAUACACCCUUUCGAUGAUUACGUCACAACUACACUGUUUUCAACUUAGGACCACCUUAAAUGGAAAGGAUUUCAAGUUUUUUUUCUCAUGGGCUAUGCACAGAAAAGUAGAACAUCCUUCUUCAACACAUGCAUGAAAAAGAAUUUUUAUUUUGAUUAACACGAAAACGAGGCUCCAGGUCAUGACCUGGAGCCUCGUUUUCAUGUUAAUGCUUAUUUCUAUAUUUAUUGAUCAAAAUCCAAAAAAUGUUUUCACGCAUGUGUUGAAGAAGGAUGUUCUGCUUCUCUGUGCAUAGCCCAUGAGAAAAAAACUUGAAAUCCUUUCCAUUUAAGGUGGUCCUAAGUUGAAAACAAUGUAGUUGUGACUUAAAUCUCGAAAGGGUGUAUUAUAAUAAGAGCUAGUAACCUACUAGAAACCUUGACAAGCUUUUUAUUAAGGCCCCUAGAUUAGGAUUAACUAUUUAAAGUUUUUGACAGUUCAAAACUUUCAAAGCAAAACAAUUAAUAACUAUAAUCUUAUCCACAAAGUUGAUUGUUUAAUUGAUUAUACAUCCAUAGUAAGCACAUAUAGUUAGACGUUAUAGAAACUUAAAAAGAAAAGUUCUAAAUACAUGAAAUUGGAGUUUAGUUUAUUAAAUCUAAGACUAAGUACUGCAGAUCUGUUUGAAGUGCUUUUUUAAUAAUUUCUUUAAAAGAUUGAAGGGAUCUAAUAUUUUUAUGUAUUUUUCUAAACCAUUCCAAAUAUCAACUCCCUUGUUUGAAAGAAUUGGUUCUUUUAUAAGAUAUAUGAAGCUGUUAUGUUUUCCUUGUAUUGUGAUGACUAAUGAACAUCAUUAUUAAUUGUGAACUUUGUGAAAUAGUUCGUGAAAAAUAUCUUCAUGCGUUAUGAUUUGUUUUCAGGAUUUUAUUCAAAAUGUGAGCAUUAAUCUUGGUCUGUCGAAAUCACUGACAUUGAACACCAUUUACAAAGCUUACGACGUAUUUUUCUGUCAGGUAUGAAACAAUCUUCUUUAACAAGAAAAUAUUUAACCCAUUCGGGGCCAGCGCUUGCAAUACAACAUAGGCUGUGUUCAGACUGAGUGCUCGCCACUGGUGCCCAAUGUUCGAACUGUUUCCCAAAACAUGUUGAGCACAGUGCCGUUGUCGAGUACUUCCUCUAGAAGUAGUGUCCUUUCUUGGGCACUGUGCCCAAUUUCAUUUGGAAGCGUCAUGUUCAAACUAGGCGCCAAAGCAAGUGCCAGGCACCCGUUAGUUUUAUUUUUAAAGGUUUACAAGAUGCAUUAGUCUGAUUCUCUUUCUUUCUCAGAGAGCUCAUAACUUAUCUUGGCCUGACUGGCUCACACCUGAUAUUUUUGAGAAACUCGAAGUUCUGCAAGAUUUUGAUUUUGUUUGGAUGUUUAAUACUCCGGAAAAGGCCAGAUUAACUGGAGGUAUGUAGUGAUAUCCAGUGCUGUAUAACCAGGGCUUUACUUUGGAGUACAAAGCAAGCAAGUGCCGAUGAUGCCAGUACGGAUGGUGCCCUACACUGUAAAAUUCAAGGAGUUGAAGAGGGGUGGAAAAAAUGUUUUACUUUCUUGGACCACAAAAGAACAUUGAUAAUUUUCUGUAAAUAAUCAAGUAAAUCGAUACUUAGACACUAUAACUGUGUUAGGGAUGAGCCGAUAAGGAAAAUUGCCGAUUACUGAGGCCGAUUAUUUAUAAGCCGAUUAUUGUAACUAAUCGACCGAUUAAUCGGUACCCACCGAUUAUUUUAAAAAGCAAGCGAAAAAUCACAAGAUGACCAACAAUGAAGUUGUAAAUGCGGUUUUAUUGUUUACAAUACACACUUUGUACAAUUAAAAACCGCUUCAGUCUCGCAUGUCAAUAGUCAAAGUUUAGUUUUGGCAGAUUAUGAUGUAAAAAGAAGACAUUGUCAGCUAUGCGGAGCUAGUUUUUUUAGUUGAAAUGUUCCCAGCUUCACUUCGCUUGAGACAAAAGACACAGGUUUUGCAACAAAAUGUGAAAAUCUAUUCGUUGGACUACCUAAAUAGGUAGUCCAAGAACUAAAAAAAUGGUAUGGUAUAAUAUCUCUAUGUUUGUUUAUUUGUUUAUUUCUAAAUGAUAAUAUACUACAGUGGUCUAUUCGUAGUCCAAACACUAGCUGAAUAUAUAUUGAUGUUCUUUGGUUUAUAUGAGUUUAUAUAGUUAAUAUUACCGAGUAAUAUCCUGUCGAAACAUAACACUUAUACUAUGACUAUAUAGUGACGAAUAUAUUGACUAUACCACAUACGGGUACCAAUUUUAUCUGUGCCGUACCAAAAAUUCAGCGUAGUAUAAACGGGGCUUAACAAGUUGCCAAAAACUGGUUGUCAUGCUGUAUUUUACAAUAAAAAAAUUUCACUGAGAAUCUUAAAAUAUAAAAACAUAAAACUAAUUUACAUUUUCACUUUAGUAUAGAGUUGUGAAGAGAAAACAAAUUGUUUGUUUUGUUCUUAGGUGUCUUGCUGGGGGAGAUGAUACAAAAUAUGAAAAAGUUUAAAAAGAAUCCUGGGAAUGCCAAAAAGUUACAUGUCUAUUCAGCGGUAAGCAUGUUUCGAUUUCUAUGAAACAUAUAUACAGUGUAGGUAUGGUGCCAAUAAUAAGAGACUGAGAGAGGCUCGGAUCGAUGCAACAUCCUUGUAUUUUUCAGGUAGUUGCAACGCUAUUAAUCCGAGGCUUUCAUGUUUAACACAUUAGAGUGCAAGACUCUCUCCUUGGCGAAUAGAAUCGUCUGGCGUUAGACAGAGUAAAAGAAUAAAGUCACUUUGGGCGCAUGGCUGCUUGAUGAGUUAACAAGACACAUUGCCAGAUUGUUUUGUUAACCAUUAGAGUGCAAGACUCUCUCCUUGGUGAAUAGAAUCGUCUGGCGUUAGACAGAGUAAAAGAAUAAAGUAGGGCGCAUUGCUGCUUGAUGGGUUAACAAGACACAUUGGCAGAUUGUUUUGUUAACCAUUAGAGUGCAAGACACUCUCGUCUGGCGUUAGACAGAGUAAAAGGAUAAAGUAGGCGUCUGCAUUUGGGCGCAUUGCUGCUUGAUGGGUUAAAGUUUCUUAAAAAAUAUCAUCCCAAGGUUAGUGUAUGCCUGUAUGGUCCUUAUUUCUUUUCAUUAUAGCACGACACCACUGUGGUUGCAUUGCUGAGCGCUUUGAAAAUCUACACUGGCAUUCCACCGCCAUAUUCCACUGCAUUUCUGAUGGAGUUGUAUUACAGCAAGUAAGUCUUAACUGGUGUUUGUGAUGUUACUCUGAGUAUGCAUCCACGUGCACUGGGAAAGCUGAAAGGUUUGCUGGUCCAAUGCUCUACCAACUGAGCUACGAGGUCAACCAAUUCGAACCGACUUGACCUCGUUGCUCAGUUGGAUAGAGCAUUGAGUUUUCUAGUAUCCCGGGUUCGAUUCCCAUCGUGGUCAGGCAAACUUUUCAGCUUGCCCGGUGUGAAUGCACACUCAGAGUAACAUCACAAACAUCAUAUUCACCUGAGUACAUAACACCAACACACACAUAAGUCUUAGCUGGUUUAUCUCAUUUCAAUUUGUUCUGUAGAAGUACGUCGAAAUAUAUGGUUCGAAUGUUCUAUCGAAACGAUACAUCUCAACCACAUCGUGCUUAUGAACUUUCCAUUCCUGGUUGUCCGCUCAAUAGUUGCUCUUUGGAUAGUUUUAUCACGUAAGUAUUGUGUCGGUGGGAAAGUGUCACAGUGCUCAGUAACAUCAGUGUGUAUGUGUCUUUGGCUCAGGUUGGAUUCCUGCAGAAGUUUGACUCUACCAAACAUCAUAGGUUUCCUCUGAGAACCGUAUAGUCUCCCCCUGUAGUAACGCUGAACAAAUAAAGUAUGUCCCACACUGGAUCUCUGGGGGGAACAGUAGAACACUUCCUGAUAAUAUUCAAAAUGUCGGGCAUCCAGGGGGGUGAAUGCCUCUCAUAAGCGCACUGGCUAGGACCAUGGCGUCAGCAUUUUGAUGACGAAUCAUGGCGUAGCAGCAGUUACGCUUUUUCGGCUGAGUCAAUCUUCUGUGUGUCUUUAUUCUGUGCUAUUUCUCUCUGCAGUCUGACGUCGUCUGCUGUUCCCAAGGACUACGAAGCUGAGUGUCACGUCAAUCAAUCAUCUUGCUCAGUAAAGUGUAAAACGAACGAUUGUAACGAGAAAACGUGUAAAGGUGAGCUACAUUUAGCCUUGUACCGAACGAACAAUGUACUAUUUAUAACAUGAACGAUCGUGUUGUAUCGGAUAUACAACAUGAACGGUCGUGUUGUAUCGGAUAUACAACAUGAACGAUCGUGUUGUAUCGGAUAUACAACAUGAACGAUCGUGUUGUAUCGGAUAUACAACAUGAACGAUCGUGUUGUAUCGGAUAUACAACAUGAACGGUCGUGUUGUAUCCGAUAUACAACGUGAACGAUCGUGUUGUAUCGGAUAUACAACAUGAACGGUCGUGUUGUAUCGGAUAUACAACAUGAACGGUCGUGUUGUAUCGGAUAUACAACAUGAACGAUCGUGUUGUAUCGGAUAUACAACAUGAACGGCCGUGUUGUGUCGGAUAUACAACAUGAACGGGCGUGUUGUAUCGGAUAUACAACAUGAACGGCCGUGUUGUGUCGGAUAUACAACAUGAACGAUCGUGUUGUAUCGGAUAUACAACAUGAACGAUCGUGUUGUAUCGGAUAUACAACAUGAACGGUCGUGUUGUAUCCGAUAUACAACAUGAACGAUCGUGUUGUAUCGGAUAUACAACAUGAACGGUCGUGUUGUAUCGGAUAUACAACAUGAACGGCCGUGUUGUGUCGGAUAUACAACAUGAACGGGCGUGUUGUAUCGGAUAUAUAUGAUAUUUGGUAAGAAAACUGAACUUAAAGUUUAUGCAAAUCAGCAUGAUUUUGUAUCAGAGAUCGCCGCUUUCCAUUAACACAGCCAGUACGGUCAAGUUGUUGAAUGAAACACAAAACGGAUUUAUGAAUAAACGUUGACCAACAUAAAUAAUGAGUUAUAUUGUUAUUCUAAUGAGUUUCACAGCCAUCUUCCCUUCGAUAGGCUAUGACCCAUCUGACCAGAAAAUUUAGAUAAAAUUAGAAUGAGGUCCAUUUUCGCUAGAUAUUUGAGAAACAUAGACCAGAUCGUUCCAUUGAUACAGAGAAAAAAAUUCGGGUCUGACGAGUCAGGCCAUUAAAUGGAAAGCGCCCAGGAAUACAAACUCCUUCACACUCAUGAUUUCUUUUGUGUUUUCUUCAUGAAUAUUACCAGUAAUGAGUUUCACAAUUUUUUUUAGAUACUCUAACUGCUGUUGUUAUAAUUUUGUUGCUGGCCUUUAUUGCUUUCGUUGGAUAUAUCGUGCGUCGUUGUCAGGUGAAAAGAAAUGCAAAAUCUCUCCGACAUUUUCAACAAAUUCAAAACGAGGAAUGGGACUCUGAAUAA